AGCAGCAGCAGCAACCGCAGCAACCUCAAGACAGUAAGCGAACCGCUCUUAGACCGACACAAUGGCCAGCGGCGGAGACCCCAAGUGGCAGAAGGAUGCUGCCGAUCAGAACUUCGACUACAUGUUCAAGCUGCUCAUCAUCGGCAACUCCAGCGUGGGCAAGACAAGCUUCCUCUUCCGCUACGCCGACGAUAGCUUCACAUCCGCCUUCGUCUCCACGGUGGGCAUCGACUUCAAGGUGAAGACCGUCUUUCGGCACGACAAGCGCGUUAAGCUCCAGAUCUGGGAUACGGCUGGACAGGAGCGAUAUCGCACCAUCACCACAGCCUACUACCGCGGCGCCAUGGGCUUCAUCCUGAUGUACGAUGUCACCAACGAGGACAGUUUCAACUCAGUGCAGGACUGGGUCACACAGAUCAAGACGUACUCGUGGGACAACGCCCAGGUUAUCCUGGUCGGAAACAAGUGCGACAUGGAGGACCAGCGUGUGAUCAGCUUCGAGCGCGGCCGGCAGUUGGCCGACCAGUUGGGCGUUGAGUUCUUCGAGACGUCCGCCAAGGAGAACGUGAACGUCAAGGCUGUUUUCGAGCGUCUGGUGGACAUCAUCUGCGACAAGAUGUCCGAGAGCCUGGACGCAGAUCCGACGUUAGUGGGCGGCGGCCAAAAGGGUCAGCGGCUGACGGAUCAGCCGCAGGGCACGCCCAAUGCCAACUGCAACUGUUAGAGCUCGAGAUGAUGGGAAGGCAGGAGGAUCCUGCGUGGGAGGAGCAGCACCACAACAACAACAGCAACAGCAACAAACCACAGACAACAGAAUUGGAAACUAGCUAAUUAGUCAGCAUUGAAACGGGGGACUCGCCGCUAAUCCUUCAGUAAGCCGACGACAAGGCGGCGGAGUUAAAGAUAAUGAUGAUAUAUAUAUACGUGUUUCCCUCCCCCUCGGGGAAGGGCACUAUAUUUGUAUCGAUAUGUGUAUGUAUAUCCUUUGCGUUCGGUCGCCUCAGUGUAAAUGUCAAAAUGUUAUUUAAUCCGAUGUUUGAAUUGUAAUUUGUAAUUGGUAAUUGGUAAAUCGGUGAAUUGGUAAAUCGGUGAAUCGGUAAAUCUGUAAAUCGGUGAAUUGAUAAUUUGUAAACUUGUAAUUUAUCGGCUGCCGCAGCGUGGAACGAUUUGCGUUGAGUGUGCGAGUGAAUUCGAUCGCGAAGAAGUUGAACAAGAGCAAAGAAUUUAACCAAAGUCCGAAGUUCGGCACUAAUUAAGCGUGCACCCCGAGUGCCGCUUGGCAGCUGAUCCCUGGCCACCACUCGAGGCCAGGUCGGUGCCAGGCAGUAUGAGUAUCUCCUCCACACCCAUGUAUAUACGCUGGCUGAACUGUACAGUUUGCGAUGCUUGACGAAACGCACAAAGCUAGCGGAAUCGGUGAAAUCGAAAUCGAAACAGACAAACUAACUAUAGCUACACUAUCUGUAUCUGUACGCCCCACACUCACACCACUCAUGUAUAUGUAUGGCUACACAUACAAGGCACACGGCACACAGCACACACCAUACAACACACAGCACACAACACAACGCAACACCCGAGGACACACAACGCGAUACAGAUAUGGUAAAACCUAGACCCAAAGUCCCUGGCUUGGAGCAAACACACAAACAGCAGGCUAAGUGGUAAGCCGUUAUUAUUAAAUAUUAUGAUUAUUAUUAUUAUAUACGUAUGUAUU